UUUGAAGCAAAUGUCAUCCUGUGAUUUGUUUUUGUUGAGAUUGGGCUGAUUUCAAAUCAAUCAAAAUCUAUUUAAUAAAAAAAAGUGGAUUGAAUUAUAAAAUUAUAUAAAACAAAAUGUAAAGAAGCUCCCAAUCUUUAAUUCUUCAAUGGAUGUAAUUGAAUAAAUAUAGUGUAAAUAGUGUUGGAUACUAGUUUGUAAAAAUAUAAUUUAAAAUGGUAAUAAAUCAAGAACCCUUUGGGGGUGGAUGCACCAGCAGUGGAAUAGAAUCAUCCGAUAUAAUCUUCAACUAUGACGACACGGAUUCUCACGCAAAUGAAAUUGCAGAAUUGUAUAGUUAUACUGAGCAACCUGAAUUGUCCCUUAAUGUACGAGCUUUUGAGGAACAGAUGGAAACAUAUCAUCUACCACCCAGUUGGCAGAGACUGUCCAGUUCUGAUCAAGAAUCCAUAGUUAUGAAAUUAUUGAAUCAGCUGGAGAUAAGCAACAAAACCCUCAGAAUGAGAGCUGCAAGAUGCAUCUUAUAUUUGGCUCAGGGUUGCUGGGCAGAAAUGCAAUCUGACACAGAACAGGUAGAAUGGACUAGGAAAAAUGUGAUGCUGCUCUGUAAGCUUGGAGCUUUUGCAGCAUUCACAGAACUCUUGAACCUAGAAAUAGAAAACAGCAAUGCAUCUCAUGUUGCUAUGAGAAAGGUGGCUGUUUCUUUAGCAGAUUCCCAAGAUCUAAGAAUCAUAUUGUCAGUUCUCUACACUAUAGCGGAAGUUGUGAGGAAUGAGACAAAUUCAGAAUCAACAGAGUACAAAGAAGUGAUAGAAGCAUUCAUAAAUGAUAUCAUUUAUCCAGAUCAUGAGGAAAUCAUGAUUGUAAAACUGCUAGGGAUGAUCACUAAGUUUUGUAGCGGCACAGCCCCACACUUUCCUAUGAAAAAGGUCCUUUUACUCCUAUGGAAAUUAAUACUGAUAACUCUGGGAGGUAUGAAGACUCUAAAAGACAUGAAAGUAGAAAAACGUAAAAAGGCUGGAUUGCCGCUUUACGAUGAAGAUACCUUUGAGGUACUGAAAAAUAUGAGGCCUUCGUCUCCACCUGCCAGUGCUUCGGAUCUCCUGGAAGCUCAAAACCAAAAGAGAAACACAAGGCCUUUCAGAAGGCAAAUCUUGAUGAAACAAAGCAGCUUGGACGAUCAAGAUACCUUGGGUAUGGAACUUGAUUCCUCAAUGGGAGGGGAGAAUAAUGACGAGAUGAACGAUCUGUCCGAGUUCUAUGAUCGCAGGGUUUCUGAAAACAACGAGAACAACCAGAUGUAUAAUUUGGAUUUUCCGCUCAAGCCUCCCUCGCCUCCACCCAACAUGUCGGAUACAAUUUUGGUACCGAGGGGCCUACCUUGGAAACCCAAGAUUCGACAAAAGGAAAUCGACGCGUUCCUUGAUGUUUCUCGCUUGAAGUUUGUUGGUUACAGUCUACAGGGCGACUCGACAACGCUAGCUGGUCUGCCUUUACCGAUUCAUGAAGGAGUAAAGAUUCUGAAGGAACACGUGUACACCUCCCUCUCGGAGUUGCAGGUCCUCAAGGAGGAGGAGAUAGCCCGUAACCCGUUCUCAGCCUCGGAGGGCGAGAUCGAGAUGACCAGAACGGAGGUGCUCUACAGGGCCAUGUUUCCCAACCUGCCCCAGUACAUGAUAGCGCUGCUGAAGAUCCUCCUGGCGGCCGCGCCCACCUCCAAGGCUAAAACGGACUCGAUCAACAUCAUGGCCGACAUCCUGCCCGAGGAGAUGCCCAUGACGGUGCUGCAGUCGAUGAAGCUGGGCAUCGACGUUAACAGACACAAGGAGAUCAUUGUUAAGGCGGUCAGCGCCAUCCUGCUGCUCCUCCUGAAGCACUUGAAGCUGAACCAUGUGUACCAGUUCGAGUUCAUGUCUCAGCAUUUGGUUUUCGCAAAUUGCAUCCCUCUGGUGCUGAAGUUCUUCAACCAGAACAUCAUGGCGUACGUGGGCGCCAAAAAUGUGAUCCCCAUACUGGAUUUUCCGUCUUGCGUUAUCGGCGACCAGCCCGAGCUGACCGUCGAGACGCUCGAGAUCGGCGACGCCUCACCGUACUCCUGGAGAAACAUCUUCUCCUGCAUCAACCUGCUGCGCAUACUCAACAAGCUGACCAAGUGGAAACACUCGAGGAUCAUGAUGCUGGUGGUGUUCAAGUCGGCACCGAUCCUCAAGAGGACCCUGAAGGUGCGCCACGCCAUGACGCAGCUGUACGUGUUGAAGCUGCUGAAGAUGCAGACAAAGUAUCUGGGCAGGCAAUGGCGAAAGUCGAACAUGAAGACCAUAAGCGCGAUCUACCAGAAGGUGAGACACAGACUGAACGACGACUGGGCGUUCGGCAACGACCUUGACGCCCGUCCUUGGGACUUCCAAGCGGAGGAGUGCUCGCUGAGGGGUUCCGUGGACAGAUUCAACAACAGGAGGUAUGCAGACGUAAAGGAUGUCGACUACGAGCCAGUGGACAACUGUCUGAGCAGCGUACUGGGGGUACCGUACGAUCUUUCGGAAAGUUUUACUUCCAAUUAUGAACUGUGGCUGGAGCAGGAGGUCUUCUCUAAUUCAGUCGAUUGGGACAAGCUGCUGGAGAACUGAACCACUCCCUUUGUUUGUUCAAGUUCCAAACAUUGCUUUCCCUAAAUGUUUUUACCGUUAAUUUGAUAUUUUUUAUUAGUGAGAUGUUUCUUCCUUCGCCGACUAAGAAUUUGCACAGGAUCGAUAAAAGAAUUGAUAGUAUACUGAUUGGUAUUAUAUUGAAUAUUUAUUAUU